AUGAGUAUGUAUUACGGUGAUCUCACGCAGAAGUGGUCGAAUUUCUCUCUUUUGGUGGAUAAAGCGGUUCUUUUGUACGAACAACAACACAAGCGAACAUUGGAGAAGAAGAAGACCGUUUCUUGGAAACAAGAAGAUGAACAGAGAAUCUUCCAUCACUUCCCAAGAAGACCAAGAUCAUCAUCGUUCAAGAAAUCUCUUCGAAACCUUAUCAUUGGUGCUUCUUCUUCUUUUCGGCUCUUCGAUCUUAACAAGAUUCCCUCAGAGAAGACAAACCCACAAAACCCUAGUUCUUCCCUAUCACCAUCUUCUUCCUGUUCGUGCCUAACAGAGAACAACAACACAAGCCGCAAGAGACGUGCCGUGCAAGAAGGAAACCCUAGUUUCAAGAAAGCAAAGAAGGUCUCACCUUUGUUCUCAUCAUGGGAGGGGAAAGACACACCUGAUUGGGUUGUGCAGUUGAUGAAAAACAUGAAAGGAGCAUCAGACCCGAUGCAAAUCUUUGAGAAGACUCUCUUCGAAACAGAUGUCAAACCUGUAAGAAAGUGGAGCUUUGAGAUUGAAGAACAAGAGAGAGAUGAGAGAAAAGACCAGAGCCGUCUCUCAAUCCCUUUCCACAAACUGAUCCGAAAAGACUUCUUGACACCCGUUGAGACGAGAAUCAUCGAGGAAGACAUCAACAAUAGCGAGAAGAUGGGUGUGGGAGCGGUUCUUGUUGAUCAAGGCACUAGGAAGUGGGGUGUGUUUCUCAAGAGAUGGGAGAUGAACGGUUCUUGGAACUACGCUUUGGUUUGUGGUUGGAAUGAUGUCGUGAAGGCUAAUGGGUUGAAAGAUGGAGACAGCAUUAGUCUUUGGUCUUUCAGAUGCCGAGGAGUCCUCUGUUUUGCCCUUGUUCCUCUUCCCAUGUGA